AUGGCCCAGAUCGAUGCGCUCGAUAUCGUUGUCCUGGCCUUACUGCUCGUUGGGAGCGUCGCAUAUUUUACCAAGGGUACAUACUGGGGAGUACCGAAAGAUCCAUAUGCAUCAUCAUAUGCCAAUGGCAGUGCAGCGAAGGCCGGCAAGACAAGGAACAUUCUCGAAAAGAUGGACGAGAGUGGCAAGAACUGUGUAGUCUUCUAUGGCUCUCAAACCGGAACAGCAGAAGACUACGCUUCAAGGCUGGCAAAGGAAGGCUCGUCCCGUUUUGGAUUGAAGACCAUGGUUGCAGACCUGGAGGACUAUGACUACGAAAAUCUAGACGAAUUUCCAGAGGAUAAGAUCGCCUUUUUCGUGCUAGCUACAUAUGGCGAGGGUGAGCCAACCGACAAUGCGGUGGAGUUCUACGAAUUCAUCAACGGCGAAAGCCCAACUUUUUCGAAAGGCGAGGAGGAAAAACCCUUAGGUAACCUCAAAUAUGUGACAUUUGGGCUGGGAAAUAAUACGUAUGAGCACUACAACUCAAUGGUUCGCAGGGUCGACGCAGCCUUAAGGAAACUUGGUGCCGACCGCAUAGGUGCUGCAGGCGAAGGCGACGAUGGCGCUGGAACGAUGGAAGAGGAUUUUCUGGCCUGGAAAGAGCCAAUGUGGGAAGCAUUGACAGAGAAGAUGGGCUUAGAGGAGCGCGAAGCUGUCUACGAACCAGUGUUUAGCGUUGAAGAAAAGCCUGAGCUCUCCGCGGAUGAUGAUACUGUAUACUUGGGAGAGCCAAAUAAGAACCACUUGGAGGGCAAGCAAAAAGGACCCUACAACGCACACAACCCAUACAUUGCGCCGAUCGCAGAAUCGAAAGAAUUAUUUACUGUCAAAGAUAGGAAUUGUCUGCACAUGGAGAUCGAUGUCUCGGGAUCUAAUAUCACUUAUACAACUGGUGACCAUGUCGCCAUCUGGCCAACAAAUGCCGGUGUCGAAGUCGAUCGCUUCAUCAGAGUUCUAGGCCUUGAGGAAAAUCGCCACCGAGUCAUCAACGUUAAACCGAUCGAGGUCACCGCUAAGGUGCCAUUCCCUACUCCCACCACGUAUGACGCUGUUGUGCGUUAUCACAUGGAGAUCUGUGGUCCUGUCUCGCGUCAAUUCGUAUCUACCCUCGCCGCUUUCGCUCCGAAUGAAAAGGCUAAAGCCGAAAUGACUAAACUUGGCACAGACGCGGACUACUUCAAGUCCAAAAUCUCAUCACAGUAUUUGAACAUUGCUCAGGUCCUGCAUUCUGUUUGUCCCGAUCAACCCUGGAGCGCCGUUCCUUUCAGCUGCUUAAUUGAAGGUAUCAACAAAAUCCAACCACGAUACUACUCCAUCUCCAGCUCGUCAUACGUGCAACCAAAAAAGAUCUCGAUAACAGCCGUCGUCGAGUCAAUACGCAUUCCUGGCGCAACUCACAUUGUCAAGGGAGUAACCACCAAUUACCUCCUGGCGCUCAAACAGAAGCAGCAUGGUGAACCUCAUCCAGACCCACAUGGUCUUACCUACGCCAUCACCGGCCCAAGGAACAAAUAUGAUGGUAUUCAUGUUCCAGUGCACGUCCGCCAUUCCAACUUCAAACUCCCCUCGGAUUCCGCGAAACCCAUCAUCAUGGUCGGGCCUGGAACAGGUGUUGCACCCUUCCGAGGUUUCGUGCAAGAACGAGCCGAACAAGCCAAAAGAGGAGAAAAGGUCGGGCCUACGAUCCUUUUCUAUGGGUGCAGAAGGAGAGACGAGGACUGGUUGUAUAAAGACGAGUGGGAUUCCUUCAAAGCUUCUCUCGGUGAGAAUCUCACAAUCUUCAACGCUUUCUCUCGCGAAUCCCCGGGCAAGAAAGUCUACGUGCAGCACCUGAUGAAGCAAAACGCCAAGCUCAUCAAUGACCUAUUGACCAAGAAAUCAAAUUUCUAUGUCUGUGGUGAUGCGGCGCACAUGGCGAGGGAGGUAAGCGACAUGUUGGCCGAGAUCAUCGCGGAUGAGAGGGGAGUUGAUCUCAAGAAAGGGGAAGAGGUGGUCAAGAACAUGAGGAGUAGUGGCGCUUACCAGGAGGAUGUCUGGUCGUGA